GCCACCGCAACCGGCCACCAGUACCCACCACUCCGACGAAUCGUACCGUGGCCCGCGAUCGUUUUACUACGUUGUUCGUCACGGUUUUUUUUUCGUCCGCUUGAUCGUCAGCCGUCGUUAGUUACUGGUUUCGUAACUGGCCGUGUACAUAGUCUCUCGUCAUUUUUAUCAUCGCUAAACGCGUCCAACACCGCCAGCACUACAUACACUCACUCGCACGCUCUCGCCCGAUUGGAUUUUUCUAUUUUCCACGCGUCCGCGGGACCGAUCGAACGCCGCCGCCGCCGCUCAUUUCUCCUCGCUGUGUUCAAUCGUUUUAAUUCCGUUUUUAUUUUAUUAUUUUACGUUUUUUUUUUUAAAAAAAACUUUCGUUUUUAAACCGUCGACGAUCUUGUGAUAGAAAAAUGAGUUCCGCAGAUGCAAAUCCGAUUUACGGGCCGUUCUUCGGCGUCAUGGGCGCGGCAUCGGCUAUCAUAUUCAGCGGUAAGCAUCUCACCAUCGUCCCGUCAUCGCGCACGGUGUUUGGUUUUCGUUAUAUUUAUUCAAAAUAUAUUAUAAAUGGUCGUUUGGCCGCGGCGCGUUAGUAAGUACCCGCCGACUUGCGGUUUUUUUCGCCCGCCGACCGAACGUCGUCUGUUGUACGCAUGGCUGUCGCCUUAUCGAUUUAUUCGGCGGCGGUGGUUGUGGCGACCGCUGCCAUUGUACGGGCGGCGCGUUUUCCGCGGAAAAAUCGCUGCUUGGACGGGGCCGAAAGACGAAUAUCGACGCCCGCCACACCCAGAUGCCGUCGCAACCAUCGGUCAAAACGCAGCGAUAAGAUACUGCGGUGCCGUCGGAUUUUUGCUCUAGCGUUUCAUUGCCUAACAAUGGACGGCCGUUUUAUACGCCCGGGAUUUCGGGCGGGUCCCGGCAAUUGUAAAAACAUUUUCUAGCCACUUUAGAGAGAGCGCGCGCGCACGCAUUCCCUAGUUGUUUUCGAUUUAGGCGUGGUCUGCCGGUGAUAACCGCCGAAAACAAUUUAAUUUCGAUAACAAUGUUCUUAUUACCCUACGGAUUUCUAUAUUAUUAUUAUCAUCCGUUUCCGUUCCUGUUUUCCCGAGGCCUUGCCUGUGUGGUGUUCUCCCCGGGGCCGACCCUUACCCGUCGGUAUCGGUUUGUCGACGUUGAAAAUAAACUGUAAACAUUUAGGGCGGUCCGCCUCCGAAGAUGUGUACUCGAGACGAUAAAUCGGCAUUACCGUCACGUGUACCCGCCCGAAAACAAUGACGUUUUUUCCCCUCAAAGUGGCAAUUUCUCGGCAGCAACCUGUUCGCGUGUUUCCGCUGUCCUACAUUAUUAUUAUUAUUAUUAUUAUGGCAUACACUCACGACACACAUGGGCGUGCCCCAUGCGAGUUUUUCGAAAACUCGUCUAUCUGUAUUCUGUGUUGUGCUCCGGCCCGCUCUCUAUUCCGUGUGUACACGGCGCCGACUUUUGCUACGGAUUUCACCCCGAGACCGUUUUUAAUUUUACUUUUUUCGAGAGAGCAUUUCGUUCAAUUUUCUUUUAAUAAUCAAUCACAAAACACGACAUGAUGGGCGCGGUGCCUGAAGGUCGUUUAUUCGGUUUUGAUCCCGACUGACUUAUCUCCCCUCUCGCCAAAGCCGCACGCCCAAGGAUCCUCCUCAUGUGGCCCGAAUGCCUGACACGGUUUGAAUGUUUCCGAUUUUCCUUUCGUGGUUUUUCGAAAAUCUUCAUAAUCCUGUGUAAUAAAUUUAAUAUUAGACUAUUUUUCUUUUAACUUUGUUCAAUAACUAAUUGCUUAUCUCCUAAUCGUUGAUAAUUUUAAUUUUCAUUGUGUUUUUUAUUUGAGAUAAACAUUUUGGUAUUUGGUACAAUGGCCUAAACAGUUACGACUGAAAGAAAUAUAACUUACCAAAAGUAUUUUCUGGUAAUGGAUUUUUUUUACACAUUUUUAAAAUUGAAGAUUUUCAUGAGCCGCACCCUUUUUUAAAUUACCUAUGAAUAUGUCAAAACAACGCUUUUUAAUUUAACAAAAUAUGUUUAGUAAUAUAAUUCUCAAGAUUCCAAACAAAUCUUUAACUACCUAGUACAUGUAGCUACCUAUCUAUCUAUUGUUUUUUUUUUUUUUUAACUGUAUAACUAUGUACUUGACCUUAUUUUGUAAAUGAACAGUAUCAAUAUAAGUCAUUGCUUUAAAUGUAAAAUUAUAUCAAGUUAUAUCAAUCGCAUUGAGUGUUGGUUGUAAAAAUGUUCUGUAGCGAUCCACAAGACCUGUAAUUUAUUUACAAACUGUUUUUUAUGUACUCUUGUCUUACAAUGAUAAUUAUUGACAUUUCUUCUGUAAUAACUAAUAAGUAAUUUGUACAUCACCACCGACAUAUAAUUUGUUAUACCUAAAUCAUUUAUAAGAAUUUUUAGUUUGAUUUUUAAAUUUGUGGUAUAAUUGCAAUAAAAGCUAUAAUAAAUUUGUUGAUCACUACUAGUUAAAAAAUAAAAAUACAUUUUCAACUGUCACAACGAAACAAAUGUUACAUUUAAUACCCCUAACCUAAUUAAUUAAUUAAAAUUUAAAAAACAGUUAAUUUACAGUUAACAAAUUAGAAGUGCUUUAUUAAAUGAAUAUUCUAUUAUAAAUGUAAACAAACAAAAGCUAAUAAAAAAAUAUAGGUGCAGCAAAUACCACUGAGUUGUUAGUUGGUUUAUAGCAACGUGAUUGAUAAUUUCCAUCAUAAAUUAAGCAAUGAUUUUUAAGUUAAAUAAACAUCAAUAUAAGCCAAAUUACCUUCUAAACCAUUUGUUUAGUAAAAUAUGAAGCAUUUAUUUUUUUUUUUUUUUUUUUUAAAAACUGAUUAUUUAAAAAAUAAAACAACAUUAUUUAAAGUAGGUAAUAAUCAUAUAAUUUAUGUAUGAUACAAAAUAUGGUUUUACCUUGCUAUAAAAUGGAAAAAUUAAUACAUUUUAUAUAAAUUAGUUACAGGUAUAUAUUAGGUCAAUUUUUAUUCAUAUAAAUCAUGCAAGUAGUAAAUUAAAGAUUUUAUACAUUCUUAAAAAUUCAUUAUUUUAUCUCAUUUUAAUGGCACAUGCUAAAAUUAAUUUUAUUAUUAAUUUAAUAAUGAAUAUGUAGGCAUCUGUUUUUUAUGUUGUACAAUUAGAUUAUAGUGUUAUGUUAAUGAUUUUAUGUAUUGAGUCUGGAAUGUAUAUGCAGUUAUUACAGUAAACUCGCAUCUAGUUUUUUUUUGAAUUUGAUGCAGGAUAUUAAGCAAUAAUCUUGUGUGCAAUUAGUUUUAUUACCUAUAAUGUAUUACUUUUUACAUAUACCUACAAUUUAUGUAUGGUAUACUGCAAACCUAAAAUACAAAAGAAAAAUAUUAUUGUAUUGAUAUUGUAUUGUAUGUUACACCUUACAGUAGAUAAAACAUCUAUGACCACAUUGCAGAGUCAAAAUACUCAAUCAUGAUUGAUGAACUAAAUUGCUAUAUACCAUAACCUAUUGGUUUAUUUAUUGAAUACUAAUUAAAUUUUUUUUUCUCAGCUCUUGGUGCUGCAUAUGGGACAGCCAAAUCAGGAACCGGUAUUGCUGCUAUGUCAGUAAUGAGGCCUGAACUGAUUAUGAAAUCCAUUAUUCCUGUUGUCAUGGCUGGUAUUAUUGCUAUAUAUGGUCUUGUAGUAGCUGUCCUAAUAGCAGGUGCUCUGGAAGAGCCCUCUAAAUAUUCUCUUUACAAGUAAAUCAAUAAAUAUAUAUUAUGAAUAAAUGUCUCUAUACUUUUUUUCUAAUAAAAGCGUACCUGUCUGCAUACAAAAACCUUUCAAAUUUGUACAUGUUUCCCCUCUACAGGCAGUUUGUGCCACUCUAUAUUCCAUACAUGUAGCUGACCAAGCUAGGGGGUCCAUACAUCUUUUUGCAGCCCAUUUGUAUCUGUUAAAGCAGUAUGCUCUUAUUUGGAAUAUAGAAAUUAUGAAAAACCCAAAUUAAUUAUAAUUGAGAUAUGUUGUAACGUAAUUAAUAUAAUAAGUAAACAAAUUCUUUAUUUUGUUUAUUAAUUUGUUCAAUUAAAAUCGUAUGUGAUCUAUUUACAUGUUAAUAAAUAUGUCUACACUUUCUUGGUACUCUAUAAAUAUUAACUGUACUGAAUGAAGUAGCAGUGACAUUAGUGCAAAACUUAAGGGUACAACAACUGUAUUCCUACCCACUCCUCAAAACAGCCUAAAACAUUUAAGAGUAAUGGCUAUUAUAGUGUAUAUAUGUCAUCUCCCACACUAUAAUUCGUAAUAAAUUAAUGAAGUAUGUCCAGUUUAAAUUAUUCUUUUGUUUUCUUAUAGGGGAUUCAUUCAUCUUGGUGCUGGCCUAUCUGUAGGUUUCAGUGGUUUGGCUGCCGGUUUCGCAAUUGGUAUUGUUGGCGAUGCUGGUGUCAGAGGGACAGCCCAACAGCCCAGAUUAUUCGUAGGAAUGAUCUUGAUCCUAAUUUUCGCAGAAGUAUUGGGAUUGUAUGGACUGAUUGUUGCAAUUUACCUAUACACUAAAUAAAAAAUUUGCCCCUUGAAUAAAUAUUUAAAAAAAACAAACAAAUUUUUUGUUUAAAAAAAAAAAAAAAAAAGUGAAACACCCAAAUGAUGCCAGUCGUCAAUACAAACAAUAUUCUAUAAAAACCAUAUUGUAAACAUUUUAGUUGAAAGGAUAUUACAAUAACAAUAUUUUGUAUCCUUGCAUCACUCACCUAAAUGUAGUUAUAUGUUUUCUUCCUUUCCUGCUUCAAGACCAUAUUUCCAUUCAUGUAGAAAAAUAAGUAAUACUAUCUUCAAAAACUAUUUUAAAUACAUAUAUUUAAAUAAAAUAAAAUUAUGGCCAUUUUCAUGUAUCAAACGUUAUAUUUGUGUUUUAUUAUUAUUAUUAUUAUUAAUAUUUUUUUUAUGUUUCAAUGAGUUAUUAUUUAAUAUUGUUCCCCCUCUCAUUUUUAAAUGUUACUUAACUUAGAGGGGACUGCCCUCAAAUAUUAAGAACUCUAUGUGAUGUGAUGCAAUCUUAACUUAGCCAAGUGUGCGAUUGUUUUCCAUCUAUUUGAGUAACACACUAAUAAUAAAUAAUAAUAAUAAUAAUUUACCUAAUUAUUAAUAAUACAGUUCAGCACAAAUUUUGUAGCUAUUAUAGUUUGAUAUAAAUCCAUAGUUAAAGAAAGUAUUAUUAUUGUUUUUUUUUUUUUCUCUCUCGUUUUUUCUACAUUGUAAAAUAACAACAGGCUUGCAUGGUUACUGGUUAGUUUAAAUUUUAUAAUAGAACUUAAUUGAGAGUAUAAAUUUAAAAAAACCUAUUAGUGUUUUUAAUAAAUAUUUUAAGUGAGCAUACGGCUAAGACGUGUUAAAACAUUCCAAUGUAUUUAUAAUUUAAUCAUAUAUUCCGAUGGAAGUAUAUUAAUUACUUAGGUAUACCGUAUAUAAUAUAUAUCUAUAUAUAUAUAUAUAUAUAUAUAUAUUUAAAAAUCUGCCAUUAAAUUUGUUAGUUCAAAAAGUUAUUAUUAACUGUAUCCUGUCAAAUAAUACAUUUGUUUAUUUUUCAUUCAUAUCAAUCGCGUAUUUAUUGUUUCUCAUCAUUAUCAAAUUAUUCGUUCUAUUAUGUAACUGUUAAAAAAAAAAAACCACUAUUUAUUUUAUUAUAGUUGUGUAUAAAUUAUGUGGUUAACUUUUGUUUUAAUUUAAUUUUAAUAUAUUCAUAAUAUAUAUAUAUAUAUUUUUUUUUUUGGUUAUUUAGUAGACACUUAAUGCAGUAAACUCGAUUUAUUUUCCAUUGUUUUAGUCGUUUUUAAAAGUUUUAAGUCUGUAAUAUAUUAUUACUUAGACUAAAAGGAAAUUCUAAGGGAGUAAAUUAAACCUAUCUAAUUUUCUAUUCCUAAUUUCCUAGGAAUUUCAAUUAUAUAGUAAUAAAACAAAAAUUGUUGUUAAUCAUUGCGUUUGUUUAUUUAUUUAUUUAAUUUCAACUUUUAAAAAUAGUGUGAAUUUAUUUUGCUGUGACAUGUAUUAUGGCAAAUUCUUAUAUUGUGUUAUGUAUUUUCUAGUGAUACUAGGGUACUCUUAAAUCUUUGUUUGCAACUAGUAUCAGUGGCACCCAAACUAUAGUUAAUGUGUUUUAAGUGAUUCAUUGUGUACUAAUUGUCUAAUUCCAAGUUUUGUAGUUCCAAUAUAUUUGGUUUUUAUAAAAAAAAAAGUCGCGGAUAAUCUUAUUAUACUCGGAAUUGACUUUUUUACUAUAUAUUAUAUUGUGUUGGGUA